AUGAAUUGUGCAUUUUGUAAGAAACCUGACCAUACUAUAGAUGGUUGCUGGAAGAAGCAAGGGAAGUGUUUGAGAUGCGGUAGUAGCGAGCAUCAAAUUGCUGGAUGUCCAAAAAUGCAAGGUGGGACUACCCCAAACGCUAGACCAAACACUUCUGGAGGAGGCCGGCCGACAGUCCCUGCCAGAGUGUAUGCUAUAGGUGACCAACCUGUACCUGAUUCCUCGGAAGUGGUGAAAAGUACACUCCCGAUUUUUCACCGAUUAGCUAAAGUAUUAAUUGACCCUGGUGCAACCCAUUCAUUCGUAAAUCCAUCUUUUUUGUUUGGAAUAGAUGUGCAACCUGUUAGAUUACCCUUCGAUCUUGAAGUUAGGACACCCAUGGGUAGUAAGAUUGUAAUCACUAGCUUGGCUUAUAAGAAUUGUGAAUUCUGGAUUGGAGAGCGUAAAAUGCUAGUGGAUCUGAUCAGUCUGGACAUAAAAGGUUACGAUGUUAUAAUAGGAAUGGAUUUUCUAGGCCAUCAUCAUGCUAAACUUGACUGCCGAGCAAAAGUGGUGGAAUUUUGUAUACCUGGUGAAGCAACCCUGAGGUUAGACGUCAAGGGUAGGUUAGCAUCAUCUGCUAUGAUCUCAGGAAUUCGAGCAAGGAAAAUGUUGUCUAAAGGAGCGCAAGGUUUCUUAGCCUUCUUGAUAAACGCUCCCAGUGAUCAAGUAAAGCUGGAGGAUGUACCAGUGGUACGGGAAUUUUCGGAUGUUUUUCCUGAAGAGCUAAGGACUCUACCGCCGGAAAUAGAAGUGGAAUUUAAGAUUGACUUGAUGCCUGGAACGGCUCCAAUUUCUAAGACCCCGUAUCGAAUGGCUCCUGCCGAGUUAAAAGAAUUGAAAAUUCAAUUACAGGACCUGUUGGAGAAGGGUUUUGUGAAGGAGAGUGAUUCACCAUGGGGAGCACCCGUCCUAUUCGUUAAGAAAAAAGAUGGAAGCUCGAGGUUAUUCAUGCCUUUUGGAUUAACCAAUGCACCAGCUGCUUUCAUGGACCUGAUGCAGAGAAUUUUUAAGAAGUAUCUGGAUCAGUUUGUAGUGGUUUUCAUAGAUGAUAUCUUGAUUUACUCCAAAACUCGAGAAGAGCAUGCUAAGCACUUAGAGGUGGUUUUGCAGAUACUAAGAGAACAUAAGCUGUAUGCCAAAUUCAGCAAGUGUGAGUUUUGGUUGACUGAAAUAUCUUUUCUAGGGCACAGAGUUUCUGAAGAUGGAAUCGCCGUGGAUCCGGCAAAAGUUGAGGCCGUUAUGAAUUGGAAACAACCAGAAACUCCAACUGAAGUUAGAAAUUUCUUGGGUUUAGCAGGAAAAGCCAAUGUGGUGGCUGACGCUCUUAGUAGGAAGGCCCAAGUAGCAGGGUUAAUGGUAAAAGAGUGGGAUAUGUUAGAAGAAAUAAGUGGUUGGAACCCUCGUGUGGAGAAAUUGAAGGUUCUAUUUGGGAACUUAUCAUUGAAGUCACCGUUACUAGAGCGUAUUAAGGAGGCCCAGAAAAUGGACCCUAUGAUUCGGAAGCAUUUGGAGAAAGUGCAGAAAGGGGAAACCCUAGACUUCAAAUUAGGAUCUGAAGGUGUAUUGAGGUUUCGAGAUCGAAUUGUGGUUCCGGCAGAUGAAGAGAUAAGAAAAGAAAUUUUAGAAGAAUCACAUCGAUCGAAGUAUACUAUACAUCCAGGUGUGACCAAGAUGUAUCAUGAUGUGAAGGGAUUAUACUGGUGGGAAGGUUUGAAAAAGGACGUGGCAGCAUUGGUACAAAGAUGCUUGAUCUGCCAACAAGUAAAAGCUGAACAUCAGAAACCCUCUGGUUUAUUGCAACCGUUAGAAAUCCCUGAAUGA